UAUCAUUUUUUGUUGCAGUGAGGUGUCAGUGCCAAACAUCAUCAUCCUCAACACAUCAAAUGAGCAAUACUUCUUACCAGCUGAACCUGUGGAGAAUCUUCAACAGCUGCUCUACUUCUUUAACAGUGUACUGGAUGGCAGUGCUCCGGCUUUUGGAGGAGAUGGAAUAUUCCAAAGAAUCAAGCGUGUGGUUUAUGAUGCCAAAACUACAAUAAUGUCGGUGUUUCGCAGUUCACCGGUAUUGGGUUGCUUCCUGUUUGGCUUGCCAUUAGGCGUCAUCAGUCUCAUGUGCUAUGGAAUCUGCACAGCAGAAUCUGAUGACAGUACAGACGACAUGGAAUUCAUUAAGAGAGAAGGCUUUACGGAUGAGGACGAAGAGGAGAGUGAGAAUGAGGCGCGGCUUCAAAUAAAACACACAGGAGAAGAAGAUGAGGAGGAUGAAAAUGAAGAAGAGACUAAAGAAAAGGUUGAUUAAAAAAUAUACAUAUUAAUGUAACAAAUUGAAAUGCCUCUGUAUGAGAGGAACUAUUGGUCUAGGUCCUUUUGACUGGCUUGGUUUUCAUUGGGUUAUUUACUGUCUUAAUUGACCUUUUAUUUUCUGAAUGAUUCCCCAAAUGUCAAAUUUACACUGUAACUUGAUGAGGGUUGAGUAUAGCGUUAAAUUUUGUUCUGUGUAGUUUAAGGGUAGAUAAUAGCCAGUCAGUCACAAAUGGCACACAACAUGUUAAAAAAACAGUUCACAGAAUUACUCACCCUCAUUUCAUCCUAAGUGUACAGGACUUCAUUUAUUCAGCUGAACACAAUCAGUUAUAUUAAAUAAUACCAUGGACCUUUAUAGCUCUGUAAUGCCAUUUUUUAAGCUCCAAAAUAUCUGUAGCGGUUUUAGCUGCAUGUUAAAAUAAUGAUGAGUUUAGCUCACUAAAUAUGGUUCUCCACCAGAUCUAUCAUCACAUCCAUGAAAUGAGUUAUUUAAAACUUCAAUUUUAGUCAGGGAAUUAGUUUAGCUCAAAGGAAAAUACGUAUAAUAAUCGUCAUUAAGUAUACAUAUUUUACUGUUUAUGAUUAGCAGUAUAGUGAUAAAAAUACUUGUAUGUAUUCGUCCAGCAAAUACAUCAAUGAUAUUAUACACUUUAACGUUAUCUCAUGGCCACAAGUAACAUGACUUUACCAUACAGUAUUUAGAGCUGUAGCAUAGAUCGAAAAACAGUUUAAGUAUAAUUCAAUUUUAUUUAUAUAGCGCUUUUCACAAUGUGCAUUGUUCCAAAGCAGCUUUACAGGAGCAAAUAAGAAAAACACAGAAAGGUAAAACACAGCACAGUGCAUGGUGUUUAUAGACCAAGCAACAUCAUUAUAAUAAAUAAUAUCUAAUAAAUAAAUGAAUAAAUAAAUAAAUAAAUGCAGUCUCAUAAGUAUAAUAUGUGAGCGUUGAGCACAGAAAACCCAUCACAAGUGAAUAUUUGGUAGUUUAUUAAACUCUACUCUACACGGUGCGACAUAACGACGAUCGCAUAAACACAAACAUUACAUACAUGAAACACAAAUGCGCUAGAGAGAGAGAGAGAGAGAGAGAGAGAGAGAGAGAGAGAGAGAAAAUGGCAGCGAGGCAGGGCAGGUAAAGCAUUUCUGAACACCAAUAAAAUCAUCUUUAACAAAGAAACACAAACUUGAUGCAGCUAUUCUAUGUAUAGAAUCGGAUACUUGCGAGCUCUGUGCUGGAGCAAUAUCCGUAUGCGCGUGGAAAGAUGGAAAUGUUCAAAAGGUUUCAGAAUGCAGUCCUGCUGGAGCGCUGAGUUUAGGGUUUAGCCCUGGUGUCUGAAUUUUGCAGGGCCUAUGCGGCCUCCCAGCGGGGGGACCUGACCUGCCACAAGGUGGCCUGCGGGCCAAUGCCAUGAAAGCGAUAAGUGGGCCAUUGAAAGUUCCUUUGUUUCUCAUGGUGCCUUAUUUGCAUAGCUCUGACAGUAUGGUUAAUUUGCACCUAAUAACUAAACUUAGUUAUGGACAUAGUACGAUGCAUGUUAUAGUAUUAUAACAUAGCUCAUCAGAUAGGGCAGGGGUAUUCAAUUAAAGUUCCAAGAGGUCCAGUCUUUAUACUUUCUUCCAAACGGCGGUCCGGACAAUAUGUUUUUUUAAAUAACAAAAAAUAAAUAUUUAAUCAAUUUAGCCCACUUGGAUGUAGAGUUAGGUCCAUAAAUAUUUGGACAGAA